CAAAGUGAGCGGCAGAGCCAGCGAAAAGCUGCGAAUGCGAAGCGCACAGUAGAAGGGAGUGGUACGUCAAAAACUGACGCACAGCGGCAGGCCAAAAACACAAGUCCAUAGUUUAACACCGCACACGCCACGCAAUAAAAUAAUAAAAACUGUAAAAUACUCAUAAAACUAAGUCCAAGAGAAGCAACAAAGAAUUUCGAAAAUUCCGAAUCAAAAAAGUGCAAAUUGAAAACGAAAUCCAUGAAUCGGUGGUAAAGAAAACGUCGAAAUCCGUGUGUGUGCAAAAAAAUACAACACCUUUCCGCAGGCCCCACAAAUCAGAGCGAAACAGGACCUUGAUUGCUAACGGUAACGGCAAAGCCAAGCAGAAUUGCAACUAGCAACCAGCAACCAUUAACCAGCAACCAGCAACUAGCAACCUGCAACUAGCAACGCAACAACGAACGCCAGAUACCUUCAGAAUUGUGGCAAAGUGAAUCUUUGGCCAUCGCUAUAGCGGAUGUGGUAGGGGGAUCCGCCAAGGGGGAGCUGCAGCGGGGGCAGGAGGAUGCCAGCCAUCCGGCGAGCCAAAGGCCAAAGCAACAACAGCACCAACAGCAGGACUACUGGGGCAAAGGAAUCAAAGCUGAAGGAGCAACCGCAGCGAAACUCUCGAGGCAACUCAUGUCAAUGUCAAAGUUGAAGUCGAAGUAGAGAAAAGGGCCAAAACUACGACUCGGUUCGGCCAAAAAAAAACGGGGACAAAGCUAAAGCUAAAGCAUUUUAAACUGCAGACGUCAAAGAAGGUUGUGCUACAUCUACAUAGCAAAUAAUAAAAAAAAAAAAAACAAAAUAUAUAUCUAAGCUUAAGAAUCCCGAAACCAACACCGAAACCAAAAACAAAACCAACCCCAAAAGCCACACAAAUAGCUAACCGAGACCCCCGCCCAACCAGGACAAACAACCAGCGGGGGAUCCCCCGGAAUUGUGAUUGCCGGAAGCUUCAAGCUGGCAACUGGCAUCUGUGGCGAGCGGCAAGGGCAACGGUGACCCGUUAAAUCGUGCAACAUGUCCGUGGACUUCAUACUGCCCAAUCGCAACAAGAUCCAAACGAUUGCCUAUGCGAGUGCCAGCAAAAAGUAUGUGGCUGCGGGAUCGCCGGCAGGAUCCGGAGCAGGCCCAGCGCCCGGAGCUGCUGACCUGCAGAGCUGGCGGCGUCCGAAGCCAAGGACCUCCGGCACCCGAAAGCCGGAGGAUAAGCCUUCGUCAGUCGCAGCCAGCUCGGUGCUGAGAAACGCCAACGGAAAUGGCAACCAGGUGGCCCACAAACUGCCCCUGAAAUCCCUGGCCAAGCGCAACUCUCGGUCUGUGCUCAAACGGGAGGUAAUCGAGCUGGAGGACGACGAGGAUGCGGAGGAGGAGGAGCUGUGUGAGCAUUUGGAGUGGUCUGCCGCCCAGUCGUUGGUCCAGAUGAACUCCUCCAAGCAGGAGAAGCAGCGGCGAGCGGGAGCCUCGGCAUCGAGCCACACUGCCUCAGUGGCAGGACCCGCGGCAGCCUCAGUGUCACUGCGCCGUCCAAUGGGCCGAGCUCCAGCAGAGGAUGGCAAGGUCAUAUUCUACGCCCCUCCGGCGAGUGCCAGCGGCUUGCCGCGCCAACCGGAGCCGGUGACCUUAAAGCGGGAACGAGAGCGGGCUGCGAAGGAGCAACACGUGGUUGCAGCCUCAAUUUACCGGGGCCGCAGCGUCGAGGAGACGGAGGCCGCCCACGAUCUUCUGUCCCUCUCGCAGAGCCUGCCCCCGCUGAUCCCACCCUGCGUGGUCACGAUCAUGAAGCAGGAACAGGAGCAGCAGCUGCGCAGCCCGGAGAUCCAGGAGAUAUCGAACAGCAGCCACAGCAAUAACAGCAGCGCUUCCAGUCGUCGGUCGCCGCAGUCAACGAUUCGGUUCAUUGGCAGCAGUUCCUACGACCUGAUGAACGGACCCGGGGACCCGGUAUCCUCUGCCAACCAGUGCUCGCCUCUGACGCCGCCCAACUCGGACCACAGCUCCGACGUGGACAUCGACAUGUCUUCCUCCUCGGAAUCGGGGAUACCCAACUGGGGCGGCAAGGUGGCCGCCACUCAGCAGCAGCUGCCGCCGAGGACCUCGACCCAGAAGAUGUGCCUCAACAUGCUCGACGGCCGGACCAAGGCGAGCAAGGCCAAAAGCCAGGAGCAGCCCAAGAGUGUGGCGGCCACGCCGGUGGUCGCGGCCCAAGACUCUGCCCCCGUGGGUGGCGGCAAUGCGUCCUCGGGAAACGGAGAAAACUAUGCCAAGAGGAAGCGCGGCUGCUACAAGUGCUGCGAGUGUGGCAAGCAGUAUGCCACCUCCUCAAACCUGUCGCGCCACAAGCAGACCCAUCGCUCCCUGGACUCGCAGUCCGCCAAGAAGUGCAAUACCUGCGGCAAGGCCUACGUGUCCAUGCCGGCCCUGGCCAUGCACCUGCUGACGCACAAGCUCUCGCACAGCUGCGACAUCUGCGGCAAGCUGUUCUCCCGCCCGUGGCUGUUGCAGGGCCACCUCCGCUCCCACACCGGCGAGAAGCCCUACGCCUGUGUCCACUGCGGCAAGGCCUUCGCCGACCGCUCCAAUCUCCGUGCCCACAUGCAAACGCAUUCGGGGGACAAGAACUUCAAGUGCCACCGCUGCAACAAGACCUUCGCCCUGAAGUCUUACCUCAACAAGCACCUGGAGUCGGCCUGCCUGCGCGACACCGGGGCCAUUGGCGUUGGCCACGCCAAGAGCCUGGACGGGGAUCAGGAGGAGGAGGAGGACGACAACCUCAGCAGCAAGCAGGACGAGCUGGACGACCUAGAGAUGGACAGCGACGAGACCAGUCAGGACAUUGUGGUGGCCUAGGCCCGGGCUUAGUUCUGCCUCAGAUGAUCCCCAAGUCUCAAAAUACUUUAAACCAGAACCCUAAAAGCAAUACUCGAGCACCCUUAUCAAAUUAGAACCAAACAAAGCAAACAAAAUCUUAAAAAUGAUAAAAAAAAAGAAAGAUAUGAAAUCUUAAAAUUAAAAUCUAGUCUAGAAAAGGCUUACUAGCGGAGUAGUUCAUUAAAUGGAAGAAAUGCAGCAGAAAAGGAUCUCAAUUCUCUCUCUAUCUCUCUGAAUAGGAACUUCUUCAAGCAGUUAUAUACAUCCUAUAUGCAUAAUAUAUCUACCCACUAAUAUAUCUGAACUAUCCAGUCUCUCCAAGUUGCAACUUUUACAGAAACCAAAAGCUAAACCUAGAAUCUGAAAAAUUCAAAAAUCAAUUGAGGAAUGAGGAGGAAUGAAGGCGAACAAAGAAAACAAAAGGUUUGAGAAGGAAAUCCAAAACGUAACUUAUAGUAAAAAUCCGACACAACGAAUAUUAUGGAACAUAAGUAGAAAUUCUAUAUAUAUAUAUAUAUAUACACAGAUCAAAUAAGCAUUAUAUACAGAUGAGGAAGGGACGGAGGGAAAGGCAAAAAAAAUAUAUAUGUAUACAUACGACCUAUAUGAAGAAUAAUACCUAGCGAGCAGAACCAAUUUGCAUGUUUUUUGGUAAAAAUAUCUACUUUUAGGCGUCGUUUUAGGGCUCUAGAGUUUAUAUACACCCCUCCCAAGGACACACACCGGAAACACACACACUAGCCCCUGGAUAUAUGUAGAGUACAUGUGUCCAGUUCGAUCGGCGAAUAGGGCUCGGGGUUCAAUCUUAGCAAAAACUAAUCAAAUAGUGAACUUAUCGUCGCACUUCCUGCAACUCCUCAACUAAAACUACAACAAUAUUAUAUAAUGUAUCUCUUGCUCUUAGACUCUUUUUAACCGUACUCAAGUGGACAAGUAGCAAUCGGAAAUCAGAUCAGAUCGGAUGAUAUAUACUCCAAGUCGAACAAUUUUAAUGAAACAACUUUACAACUCUAACCAGUUUAGGACGAGAUUACUUCCAUAUUAUGCUCUAAACUCGAUAAACAGACAACUACUUCAAUUACUUAGAAAUGAAUAAAAUUAAUGAAUGAAAACAAUUUAGAAACAUAUCACAAGGACAAUACUUAACAUAAAUAAUAAAAAGAAAUACAUUCGAAUAUGAAAUAUUUAUAAAUUGAAAAUUACAAAGCAAGCAUUAGGCGGUGCAUCAGACCCCCUUAAGACAUUCUCACACACCGCAACAAAGGUACUUACGGAUAGUUAUUUUAUUACUAGCAUUAGACCCCAGGACUCGUGUACAUAAAUCAAAAAUUAAACCAUUUUAUACAGAAACCCAUUCCCGCACCCCAAAUCCCACAAUCCCCCGCAAUAUCCCUCGAGCUUUGGCCCAGCCAAAGGUUUCUUAAAAACCCCACAUUCAUAAGGAAUACUCCCCGAGGAAGAAAAUCGAAAAACCAAGGUUGAUUGUAGAUGUAGAGGACGAGAGGACGCACUUGUAAAACAAAUGAUAACUAAAAGCAAUUCCAAACUUAAGUGACAUAGUUUUUAACGAACAAAAAUUAAACAUAACAUUACUAUAUAAAUAAUGGUAAAAAUUUGUAAUUCUAAAAAUCGAGAAGUAUUGAUAUAUACACAAACAUGUAUUUAUUUUAUGCGUAGUUUUUAUUCCGUAAACCGAGUAACUUAAAGCAAAAUGGCAAGCCGAGAAAACCCAAAGGAGUAAACUUGAAAACAAUUUAAUUAUAUAUUGUCAAUUACAAUUAUUUCAUAAUUUAAGAAUUGAUGGAACGGGAGGCGGACGCUGAUAGAGGUUAUUUUUUAAAGCAUAUAUAUACACAUAUAUUACCAAAAGUAUAUUUAAAAGAGGCAGUUUUAUAUCGAAAUUAAUAAUAGUAAAUGCAAGUAACAACAAAAUAUUGAAAACCAUUCGAACUUAAUUAUACAACGAGCAAGAAACCAUUAAUUAUAAAUCCCAAAAAAAAAAACAAAAUAUUAAUUUAAAAACAAAAAAAAACUGGCACUCACACUUGUAAGCCCACAAUUUUAUAUAGCGAGAUUAUAGGAAUCACGGCCGAUUGUCGCGUUCGAUAUAGCAACAGAAUAUCGGGGAAGUUAGAAUUUAGACCAGAGAGUGCUAUGUGCAUUGUUUAUAGGGCCAUAGUAUGAAAUCGUGUUUAUGCAUGGCUUUAUUGAUGAUUAUUAAUAGCGUUUUAAAUAGCAUUAAAUGCCUAUAUACACAUAAGCAAAACCAACAACAAAAAAGCAAACCGAAAAAGCAAAAAAAAACUUAUAUAAGAAAUUCCAUUGAACAGUAGUGGUAACAAUUAUGUGAUUUGCAAUUUUACAUUCAA